GGGCAACAACAACACCCCAAGACUAAAUUUCUUAGAAUGUUUUCGAGAGUACGAUUCAAACUCAAUUUUUCGAAAGCAAGUCGACAUCGCCGUGAGAAGCAUACAGAAGCAACCGAACAGCCCGACCCCCCUCCGGAUCCGGCCGUAUCAGAUGCCGUUGUUGACGUGUCCACGCGAGAUGCCGAAUCUUCUACCUCCGCAAGAGCAAACCUUUGGGAGGUGGCCGGAGAAAAGCUAGAUGAGAAAGACCGACUUACUCUCGGUCUGCAGAGUUCACUACCUAUCACGGAUGCCAUCGAAAACUUCAUAAAGAUCACGGAAGAGAAGUACCGCGAGUACAAGGAAGGUGGGCUCAAGAUUUGCAAGCGCAACGGGGGACACAUCAACGUCCGCGAUGCCGCCAAAAACAUCAUUUUCCAUGCAUUGCAGGCACAGGACUUUGUCUCUAAACUGGUGUCUUAUGAUGUGACCUGUCAUGCGUCAAUUGCAUGGUCAGUUGUUUCGCUUGGUCUGACGAUGAUCAAAAACGACAUUGAACGUCGGGACGACAUCUUUCACGCAGCCGAGUAUCUCACUGAUAUUCUUUCCUAUUAUGCAAUCCUUGAAAAUCAUUAUCGAGACAGAAAAGUGGAAAGCGACCGAGGGUUAGAAGACGCUUUGGUUGAAGUCUACACGGCUAUUCUGCAAUACACGGCGGAGGUAAAAAAGGCAGAAAAUGAAAGCAAAGCUGCCCGCGUGGGAGAAAGUAUUAGGGCCCUUGUUCAGGAGCCGCUGAAGGAGCUCAAGGAAACUGUCGAAAAAAAAGAGCAGGCUGUUUUGAGGUGGGCAGAUCUUACGGUAGCUCUAGACCACAGGAAACAAGCCGAAAGCAUGCUCGACGGUAUAGACGAGGCGAUUGAAAGGCUGAAGGUUAUCCAGUCGCACACUAGAAGCUUGCAGGACCGAGAGAUACUCGACUGGCUGUCCACGGCAUCCUACUCAGAUCCCCAGAAUAACACUCAAAACCGCAGGGCAGCAGAAACGGGAAACUGGUUUCUGAACAUGCCCGGGUAUGAAAAGUGGAAGUUCACGCCCGGAAAGUUAUUUUGGCUUUAUGGAGCAGUCGGCUGCGGAAAAUCGGUUCUCUGUUCUACAGUCAUUCAAGAUAUCGAGGAAUUUUGUAGGUCUGACACUUCCAGGAACUAUGCCUACUGGUACUUUCAAUUCAGCAAUGACGAAACACAGAAGAUGUACAACAUGAUCAGGUCCAUACUGCGACAAUUCAUGCCGCCAAUACUUCCCGGAUCCAUAAUCAAUCUCUGGGAAGAACAUUGUCACCGAGGUAGUAAGCCCCAACAGCGAAACCUUGCAGAAAUCCUCGACGAUGUGCUUGAAGCUUCUCAGGGUGAGUGUUUCCUUAUCCUCGAUGCUCUGGAUGAGUGCCCCGCGACUGGGGAUAACGAACGGAGCUCGCUCUUGCCGUUUCUUGAGGAAUUGUUAGAAAAGCACCAAACCAAAUUGCACAUUCUUGCCACCAGUCGGCCAGAGCCCGAUAUACGCUCGAGGCUGGAACAAUAUCAAAGGAUGGAUCUGGAGGCUGGGUUGAGUGGAGAUGUAGAAACAUUCGUCCGUGCUCAAGUUGCCCAUGGCAGGUUGUGUGAAUGGGGCGAGUCGCUUAAGAAACGAACUCUGGAGAGAUUGCUUGAUAUUCCGGAACGGCGCUUUCGCUGGGCUGAUUUGCAGAUAAAGCGGCUGGAAAAGUCCAAAACCGAGGAAGCAUUCCAGAAGGCUCUUGAUUCCAUCCCAGUCACACUCGAGGACACCUAUAAAGAUACCCUUGAAAGGAUAUCACCGGAUGAUCGGGAAGCAGCCCGCACAAUUUUGAUCUGGCUUAGUUUCUCUGCCGUCCCGCUGAAUCUGAAGACUAUCGCGGCUGUUGUGUCUUUCCGCUUCCCAGAAGACGUUGUGACCACCUGUACUACUUCUCUAGUUACCGUGAACAUCUCCGAUGAUACUGUGAGGCUGGCUCAUUUCUCCGUGAAAGAGUUUCUGGUACGCAAUGAAGCUGAGGGUCACUGGUAUCAAUUCUCGGCCAUUUCUGGUCAUAACGCCAUAGCAACUAGAACGAUCGACAGUCUGCUCGAAACUACCGAGAUCCUAAACCAGACCACCGCCUUACGACAGCCACUACUGAUCUACGCUGCGAGAUAUUGGGGUCGUCAUCUGGCAGGAGUAGGGGAAUUAUACGCCAAUGGUACGGGCCUCCAGAAAAAGGUUGACCGCCUGUUCACAGAUCGUGAUGUCUAUUUCAACUGGAUUCGCUUGAUUUCUGUUGAAUUCAAUUACGUGUGGCGUAAAUCAUCCGGGGAACUGCAAUCGCCUUUGUGGUCUGCAUCACGAAGAGGACUCAAACCGACAGUUGAGACGCUGCUUGCAAAAGGUGCAAAUCCAAUGGGCUCAGGGCUUGUUGAACGGAGCAACGCAUUGCUAGCAGCUGCGCGUGGAGGCCAUUUGGAGGUUCUAGAGUUGUUGCUGGAUAAAGUGGAUGAAAUACCACGAGAAGUGAUUGAACGCAUGCUGAGGAUUAUUCGCGCCACCGAGUCCGACAAAGAGAAGUUAACAAUGAUUUUAGACCUGCUUUGGGACAAGGGUGCUUUGCAUGAUCAAUCAAGAGCGUCGCUUAAGAUUAUUGAUGGGAGACUAGCUGAGAGAGCAGCCAAAAAUUGGAUGUCGGCACAUAUAAUAAUGAGCUGCCUUCUCGAUCGGAAAGAGAAAAUAGGCCUCAAAAUAACUAAGUAUUUGCUGAGAGCUGUGCUGGAAAAUUUACACUGCGGCAACAAAACCAUGCACUUGCUUCUAGAAAAGUGUGACGCGGAUAUAAGACUUACCCCAUCAUUGGUGCAGCAGGGUGUGUCUCCGUUGAAUAUUGGUGCCAUGAUUGCCAUUUUGAAAAAGCGGGUGAAGCAUGAUAUCAAACUGGAUGAGGAAUGGACUGAAGCUUUUGCGAGAGGAAAGAAAGAAACAAUGGAGCUGCUUCUGCAGGAGCGUGGCGAGGAAAUCCGAGUCACCCAGAAAGUGCUCAUUUCUGCUGCCAGGUCUGCAUGCGAUCCACAGACAGUGAAACUACUUCUAGCCAGACGAGAGCCGGGAUCAAUCAUUGAUAGAGAGAUCUUCUUAGCCGCUGCAGGAAACGGCUCAAAUGGCAGUGAAAUCAUGGAUGUCUUGCUUGAGGAGUGUGGGCAGGACACCAUCAUUGAUGAUGAGAUUAUUCAGAGAAUUGUGCAAAACCAUAACCAAGGGGUGGUAAUGAUAAAGACGCUCCUGUGCAGACAACAAGCGGGAUUUGUGGUCACUGAGCAAAUAUUAUGCGACGCUGCUCGAUAUCACGAUCAGGAAAUGUUGGAGCUUCUGGUGAACAAUACCGGUGGUUCUGGUCUCCCCAUCACAGAGGAGACAUUACGCUCUGUAGCUGAUAAUCAUUGGCGUGGACGGAGCUUGGUUAGAUAUCUAUAUGAUCUCCUGGGCCACAGUCUUCCGGUUUCAGAAGAUGCAUUAUUAUCUGUUGCCGAUAUAGGUUCUUCCACAGCGGACUAUGUACUCGCAUUCAUCUUGAAGAGAUGGCCAAAUAUUCCGGUAACUGAUCGACUGCUGGAAGCGGCAUGUACUCUCCCUAACUCCAUGAGUCUGCUAUUGGAUCGACGGUGUGACUGCCUUCCAAUUAUACGGAUGAUCCAGAAAAUAGCAACAGACGGAGACAUGCGCAGUGGAAGGGUGCUGGGAAAGCUUCUCGACCGGCGGCUUGUGGAAGUGGAUGAAUGGCUGAUGGAAACAGUCACUAGCAAUAGUCAUACCCUAAAGGUCAUUCACAAGAGAGAUCCGGACUUUCCUGUGACACCAAAAACAAUUGCCAGAAUUUCACAAGACCGGGAUGCAAUGGAGAUCCUGCUCGAAAGGCAAAACAACCGAAUUUUGAUUACAGAAGAAGUGGUAAAAUCUUCAUUGUUGGGGUGGCGUCCCAAAUCUGUCAUACGCGUACUCCUCAAUCGACUGGGAUCAGAAGCUGUGCCGAUUACAGAGGAUAUCCUGAUCUAUGCUAUUCAGAAUAACAACAUCUUUCAGGCAAACCACAACAUCAGGGCUCUCGAAUUGUUUCUUGAACAGCGCCGUGACCUCAACCUUAGCGCAGUCUGGGAAGCAAUAUGGCAGGAUCCUGAAAUCGACCCAGCAUCUUUGGCGCAGGCAGCAGGAGCUCUACUACGAUAUGUCAGCUUUGAAGUGUCGACUCAAAUGCUGGAGAUGCUUCCAUCUUUGCCCCGGCAAGACUGUGUUUCGUAUCGCCCUUUUGACGAAUUCAUCCGAGCCUGUAUGCAGCACCGGAUACCGUUACCCACCACUGAGGCAGCAGUCGAGUUUAUCGUGGAAAGAGCAAGUUUCGAUACAGUUGAGAUAUUCUUCGAGGAUUAUCCUGGUGUUCCUGUCACUGACAAGCACAUUGAAGCCGCCAAGAGGAAUCCACGAGAGGACGUGGAUAAGGAUGAGUUGGUCUCGCUUCUUAUAUCUACCAGGAAGAGUUAA